GAGGCAGAGGGGGUAGAAAGGACAGAGAUAGAUGAGGGAGAGGGGUGAGAGGUAGUAGAGAGAAAAGCACUAAUGCAGUUUACUUCCUGGUUUCCUGAAGCCCCGCCUACCAUUUGACUCACCUGUCAGAACACAGAAAGCAGAGUUCAGUGUUUCUCUGCUCACCAACAGGCUCUGAGAUUCACUAUUCUGAGAGAAUCUGGACUAAAAUCACAACUCACACUGAGAAGAGAGAGAUUCUGCCUUUACACAACUACAGGAGGAAAUACUGUCAUUUCAGAGACUUUAAUUCACUGCUGACUGAAUCAGAGUACCUUUUAAACACUUUUACAUCAAAGUGAAAGUGAACUUCAGACGAGUGGGUGAGAAAAUGGCGUCCAGCUUGUCUCUCCCAGAGGAGGAUCUCUGCUGUCCUGUGUGCUGUGACAUCUUUAAAGAUCCUGUCAUCCUGUCAUGUAGCCACAGCUUCUGUAAAGCCUGUCUGCAGGAUCACUGGACACAGAGAGAAUCACGGGAAUGUCCACUCUGUAGGAGAAGAUCUUCCAGACCAGAUCCACCAUUUAACCUGGUCCUGAAGAACCUGUGUGAGUUCUUCUUACAGGAGAGACGUCAGAGAGCUUCAGCAGGGUCUGAGGUGCUCUGCAGUCUGCACAGUGAGAAACUCAAGCUCUACUGUCUGGAUGAUAAACAGCCAGUGUGUUUGGUGUGUCAGACCUCCAAAAAACACAAAAACCACGACUGCUGCCCCAUCGAUGAAGCUGCACAGGAUCACAAGGAAGAACUCCAGCCUGCUCUGAAGUCCUUACAGGAGCAGCUGAAGGUCUUUAACAAAGUUAAACAAACCUGUGAUCAAACAGCAAAUCAUAUAACGAUUCAGACCCAGCACACAGAGAGGCAGAUGAAGGAGGAGUUUAAGAAGCUUCACCAGUUUCUACAAGAGGAAGAGGAGGCCAGGAUAGCUGCACUGAGGAAGGAGGAGAAGCAGAAGAGUCAGAUGAUGAAGGAGAAGAUUGAGGGUCUGAACAGAGAGAUAUCAACACUUUCACACACAAUCAGAGACAUAGAGGAGGAGCUGAGAGCUGAAGACAUCUCAUUCCUUCAGAACUACAAGGACACAGUGAAAAGAGCCCAGUCCACUCUGCCGGAUCCACAGCUGGUCUCAGGAGCGCUGAUAGACGUGGCCAAACACCUGGGCAACCUGACCUUCAGAGUCUGGAAGAAGAUGCAGGACAUUGUGACAUACACUCCUGUGAUUCUGGACCCCAACACUGCCCACCCACACCUCAUCCUGUCUGAGGAUCUGACCAAUGUGAGACUCAGUCAGGAGAGACAGCAGCUUCCUGACAACCCAGAGAGCUUGGAUUUUAAUGUGUUGGUCCUGGGCUCCGAGGGCUUUAACUCAGGGAUACACAGCUGGGAUGUUGAGGUUGGAGACAGUAAAGUCUGGUCACUGGGUGUGUUAACAGAGUCUGUCCAGAGGAAGGGGGGCUGGGGUGGAAUCUGGCUCUACCGUGGUAAAUACAGAGCAGCAUCCUCAUCAGAAUCACUCACUGUUCUCACAUUGAGACAGAAAGCCCAGAGGAUCAGAGUGCAGCUGGACUGGGACAGAGGAAAGCUGUCAUUCUCUGACCCUGAUAGAAACACACACUUACAUACAUUCACACACACCUUCACUGAGAGAGUGUUUCCAUUCAUUUGUAAUCGUUGCAUUCUCCACCCUCUGAGGAUCUUACCAGUGAAGGCCUCUGUAACAGUAGAACAGCAGUCAUUAGAGCUGGUACCACCUCUAGAUAGAGGUGGUACCAGCGCUGAGUGAGCCCACUUCCUGCAGUUAAACGAAGCAAAGACGAAAGUCUUAAUUUUCGGCCCCUCUGCUUCUACAGAGAUGGUUGGCAGUAAACUAGGACCUCUAUCUGGGAGUUUUCAUACACAUGCUAGAAAUAUAAGUGUUACUUCAGAUUCUGCUUUGACGUUUCAUAAAAGGUCCAAUGCUGUGGUCAGAAGCUGUUUCCAUCAAGACAUUUUUAUCAUCCAAAAAUAUGGACGUCCCCAGCUUGUCCAAAAUUAGACUGUUGACUGGAACAGAGAACAUAUGACACCAGUCCUGGUCACUCCACACUGGCUCCCAGUCAAAUACAAUAUUCAGUUGUAGGCAUUACUGUGAUUACUGGGAAGAGGCCCCGGGGAAGACCCAGGACACGCUGGAGGGACUAUGUCU